CUCCAAGUUAGAAAAAAGCUUUUACGAGGUACCAGCACUUUUCUUUCAUUAGGGGGAAGGAGUGAGGAAAGGACCGAACAGCAGCACAGACUUUUAAAACUUUUAAGUACAGGCAGGUCUGAGCGCCUGGACCUGCCUUUUCAUUUUACUUCGCCCUCUAAGGAGUUCAAUCAGUUGGCGUGCCUACUUCACUUCUUUUAAGAGAAAGAAGGGCGCCCAGGCAACAUGGGUGACUGGAGUGCCUUAGGCAAACUCCUUGACAAGGUUCAAGCCUAUUCCACUGCCGGAGGGAAGGUGUGGCUGUCAGUGCUGUUCAUCUUCCGCAUCCUGCUGCUGGGAACAGCGGUUGAGUCAGCCUGGGGUGAUGAGCAGUCUGCCUUUCGUUGUAACACCCAGCAGCCUGGUUGUGAGAACGUCUGCUAUGACAAGUCCUUCCCCAUCUCUCAUGUGCGCUUCUGGGUCCUGCAGAUCAUCUUUGUGUCCGUUCCCACACUCUUGUACCUGGCUCACGUGUUCUACGUGAUGCGCAAGGAAGAGAAGCUGAACAAGAGGGAGGAGGAACUCAAAGUUGCCCAAACCGAUGGUAUGAAUGUGGAGAUGCACCUGAAGCAGAUCGAAAUAAAGAAGUUCAAGUACGGCAUUGAGGAGCACGGCAAGGUGAAAAUGCGCGGGGGCCUGCUGCGCACCUACAUCAUCAGCAUCCUCUUCAAGUCCGUCUUCGAGGUGGCCUUCUUGCUGAUCCAGUGGUACAUCUACGGGUUCACCCUGAGCGCCGUCUACACUUGCAAAAGAGAUCCCUGCCCACAUCAGGUGGACUGCUUCCUCUCGCGCCCCACGGAGAAAACCAUCUUCAUCAUCUUCAUGCUGGUCGUGUCCUUGGUGUCUCUUGCCUUGAACAUCAUCGAACUCUUCUACGUCUUCUUCAAGGGUGUGAAGGAUCGUGUGAAGGGGAAGAGCGACCCUUACCACGCCAACACCGGCCCACUGAGCCCCUCCAAAGAGUGUGGGUCUCCAAAAUACACUUAUUUCAAUGGUUGCUCCUCGCCAACUGCUCCCCUCUCGCCCAUGUCUCCUCCCGGGUACAAGCUGGUUACUGGAGACAGAAACAAUUCUUCCUGUCGCAAUUACAACAAGCAAGCAAGUGAGCAAAACUGGGCUAAUUACAGCGCAGAACAAAAUCGGAUGGGGCAGGCAGGAAGCACCAUCUCCAACUCCCACGCACAGCCUUUUGACUUCCCCGAUGACAACCAGAAUUCUAAAAAGCUGGCUGCUGGACACGAACUGCAGCCACUAGCCAUUGUGGACCAGCGGCCUGCCAGCAGAGCCAGCAGCCGCGCCAGCAGCCGACCUCGGCCCGAUGACCUGGAGAUCUAGAUCCGGGCUUGCGAGCAUCAAGAUUCCACUCAGUUGUGGAGAAGAAAAAGGUGCUGUAGGAAGUGCACCUUAGGUGUUCAUUUUGUUCCAGUGAAGGUGGUACUCAACAGCCUUCGUCAUGAGGCUUAGGAAACACAAAGAUGUUAGAAUACCUGGGUUCAUUGGGGGUGCUUGGGAUAGGCGGGUGGAGAGGGCGGGGUAAGGGAGGUACAUGUUGGUAUUUAAUGUAGUUGAUUCAGAGGACUUCCGUUCUAAUACAAGUCGCAUUAGGUGAUACAUAGGUAAGGGCUUUUUCUCUCCCCCAGACCCCUAAGGGUAGUUCUGUGUAUGUGAAAGAGUGGGUGAUAUUUUGGCUAAAUACAUUUUGUUUUACCAAGAAACUGAAAUAACUGUGUCCAGGAAAAAAAUACUUUCUGAACAUCUUCUUUCUUUUUUUUUUUUUUUAAUCAAGAAAAAGACAGAGGAUUGUCCUGAUAUCCCUGCUAAAACAUUCCAUUGUUAAAAUUUGCACUUUGAAGGUAAGCUUUCUAGGCGUGACCCUCCAGGUGUCAGGGGACUUGUGUUGCUGUGUGUUUUGUUGGUAUUAGUUAAGUUCAGACAAGGCCCCACAGGAAAAGACUUCCCAUGCAUUUGCCAAUCUCAGCCAAGUUCCAUGUGCAUUCUUUCUUACAUCCACUCACAUUGUAUUGCCGUCACUGUUUCAUCAUUCCUCAACUACUAUUCACAUUCAUUUGAUGAUUUCUGUAAACAUUUUUUAAAAACAGUUGGUAUGUCACUUAACAUUUUUUGAAUUGAGUCAGGGAAGCAAGCCAUGCUCAAUAUUUAACAAUCACUUGUAUACGUGUCUGUGUGUGAAAGAGUGUGUUUUAUUUGUCAUGUAUUGGUACAAACAGAUACAGAAGAAACUCACAAACAGAAUUGAAAAUAAUGUACCCACAGUGUUCAAAUUUGAACCUUUCUCAUGGAUUUUGUGAUGUGGGCCAAUAAUGGUGUUUACAUUAUAAUUCCUGCUGUGCAAGUAAAGCACACUUUUUUCCUAAAAUGUUUUUCCCUGUGUAUCCUAUUGUGGAUACUGGUUUUGUUAACUAUGAUUCUUUUUUAUUUUUCCUUUUUUUUUCUUUUUCUUUUUUUUUUUUUUUUUAGAAUAUAGCAAUAAUGCUAUUGCUGAAAUGAAUGAUUUUUUUUUCUGAAAUGUAAUCGUUGAUGCUUGAAUGAUAGAAUUUUAGUACUGUAAACAGGCUUUAGUAAUUAAUGUGAGAGACUUAGAAGAAGUGCUUAGAAUGGACUAUUAAGUGUGCCUAAAUGAAUUUUGCAGUAACUGGUAUUUUUGGUUUUGUCCUACUUAAUGCACAUUAAUUCAGAACUUGUAUUCUGUUAAUGAGUUUGACAGUCUUUUGGAGUGACCAGCAACUUUGAUGUUUGCACUAAGAUUUUAUUUGGUAUGCAAGAGAGAUUGAAGGCAGUUCAGUAGUACACCUGUAACUAAUUUAUUUGAAAUAUAUGUUAAAGAAAUCUUCCAGUUUCUUCAGAUGCCUUUUUGAAACUCAUCACCGAUGAUUAGUGAAAAUGCAGAGUAUUAUACCUUUCUUCUUGCAUGCCAUCUACAUGAAACAGUUUUGUACAAUGAGAAAUACUAAUUUGUUUGACAUUCCAUGUUAAACUACUGUCAAGUUCAACUUCAUUGCAUGUAACGUAGGCCUAGUCCAUCGGAUCAUGUGUUCUGGAGAGUGUUCUUUAUUCAAUAAAGUUUUAAUUUAGUGUAAUAA